CUUCAAAGCAAAAGCGGAGUGAGCUACUACGUUUACACCUCUGCACAAGGCUAGUCUGUGCUGGGAUAAAUUAAGUGGGAAUUACACACGGAUUUUCAACUGCAGAACUUCGUGACAUAAGAAGUGAAGAUCGCAGUAAAGAGAUGCCGAAUCUGUGAAGAUGUGGAUUAGCACCCUGUGCUUCUUGUGCGCAGACGCGAAAACGUCAGUUAUUCUCAUAGAAACCAGAGACAGUUGGUACUGGCGCUGAAACAACAACAACAAUGGAGACCCUACAGGAGGGCGAGGACGGGGCUAGUCUCAACACUGGAAUGGAGUCGUGGCACCAGCUCCCUGCAGAGGAAGAUCCCAUUCAGUUUUUAGGACACACAUCAGCCUUGCAUGAGACUAGCAGUCAACAUAGGCUCACCCUCAGCACUGAAGGACAGCUGUCCAAAAUGGAUGGUUCAGGAACACCACGAGAAUCUUUACAGCUUGAGUUUCAGGAUAGCCAUCUGUCACCUGCACUGACACUGAUGCCCCAGGGGAAAACCCUCAUCCCUUCUGAGUCCACUCUACUGCAUCAGACAGAUUCAGAGUUUUUCCCCUUGCGGGGAUAUCCUGAUCUGUCCAUUGCCUCUGGAAGGUUCCUUAAUAUGUCACACCAGGAUGUGGAAUCAAGCUUCCCAAACAUUUCACAUGAACAGGGUUCACUGUCUCAGCAUCCUUUGGGAGUAACUGCUGCCAUUUCAGAAGGUGGCAGUAGCUGCUGCUCACUUUCACAGCACAGUCUUUCACCCGGUAGCCAUUACCAGGCAACACAGGUUCAUGACGAGGAGCAAGAAAGUGGACAGAACAAAAACCUUGAAAGACAGAUGGAGGGAAAGGAACAGGCUGAUGCUGAUUCAGAUACAGGAAAGGCUGCUGUGGGCACUCAUAGUGAUGAUAGUGCUCCUGCUCAUCUCUUGCUGGAGCACCAAGAAAAAGAUGUUGGUGUAGCCAAUAGCUGUGUGGUCUCUUCUGCUUCUGGGACUGCUCUCAGUCAAACUAAAGCUGUGCUAACACAACCGCACUCUAUCCAGGACCAGUCUAAACAUAUUGAUCUUGCCUGUAUCUCUGCAGAGGAACCAAAGUCAAGACCAUCUGGGAGUAGAGAGCAGCCACAAGGUGGUUCUUCUUCAUCCUUAUCCCAAAGAAAGACCACAAGAAAUGUUGGUGUUUCACUUUCUUCUCAGGUAUCCAUAGCCUCAAAUAUUACUGUUCGUUCCUCAAGCAUACAGGUAGACCACACCACUGACCCAGCCCACAGACAGCUCCAAUCUAACAGGCAUAGUGAUGCCACAGCCUCUGCACCAAGACAUACAAACAAAAGUGGGACCAAAGGUACUUCAAGUGUACUUUGUGUCACUCCAGCCAGUGGAGCUAGUACUUGUGUGCCAGGGUUACAGAGAGUGCUCUGGGGCUCAGGCAGCCAGACAGCAGCAGAUGGUUCUUUCUUAACUUCUCAGCCUUUGUCUCAGUCCACACCUGCCAUACUCCUUAAUAGAGCAGCACCAGCCAUGACCAAACUCUCUCCUUUAUACUCUCAUCAAGAAACCAUGGCUACUAUGGCCAUGUCAAUUCAGAGCAGUAGUUCCAAAGCAGGCCAGAUGCCAGCUCUCGACCUGAGCACCAGAGAUCUUCAGAUAGUUCCUAGAGUUCCACAUGGCACAUCUUUGGAUCCGGUGAAGGCUCAUACAGAGACACAUGUCCCUCCUUUUCAGCAUGACAUUCCAGAUAACUGUGACCCCCCUUCUACUGGCCUCUAUGUACCUGUCUCUGCCUCUGAGAACAUAUCUCCUUAUCCACCAAACUCAGAUGCUCUUCCUUCUUCAUCUGACAAGAAGUCCAAGGAUCAGGAUUCCAUGCUAUCUGCAGGAAGAGUGCGUUCCCUACCAACCCUCAGCUAUCUGCAGAAAGUAGGUGCUUGGAAGGCCAACCAGAGUUCCAGCAGGUCGUUUUCAGACAACCUGGGUUUGCAGGAGUUUAACAGUAUACCUCUAAAGAGGGCAGCACAGGACUCUGUGUCUGAUGCACAAAGCCUCAUGCUGACACAGCAAAGUCCGCAAUGUAACAAUGGGACACCAUCAGAAUUUGACACAAACACCAGUGUUCAGCCAGUUGUGACUGUCUCCCCUCAGCCAGGGAAUGGCUCGUCAAGACAUGGGGAUCUGGUGGGAGCAGGAGGAGCUGGAGUACCACCCUCAGCAUCCCCUCUUGUUCACUCCCAGUCCCACUCCUCUCUUAGCACAGCAGUAACGUCUAUUCAGCAUGAUGGAGUUCAACACAACACACAGCUUCCACUGUCUCCACGUAUACAUGAAUCGCCUGUGCUCUCAAGAGAAGCAAGUGAACAGAACUUAGCAGAUCAGCCAGAAGCUGGCCCUGUACAGCCUUCUGCAUUGCUCAGUCUGGGCCAGUUCGGUGACGUGUCCUCAAACCACAAUGUUUUUAGUGCCCUUUCUGGCUCUCAAGGCAGUUGGCAUGGUGAACAGAGUUUACUGGCUUCAGUGGGUGCAGCAUCCUCUGUAGUUAGUUUGGAAGUGGACAACUAUGCACCCUACUGGACUUCCAGACCUGGCUCCCCUCCACAUUCCUAUGAGAUCAGUAUUGAAGACAGGAUCCCUCUGUAUCUCCGUAACUUGGGAAUUGACCAGUCACCUUCGACAAUUUUAAAUCCUUUUACAUUUCGGGGCCCCAUCAGAGAACCUGAGUUCUCUCCUACUGAUCUGUGUACCAUCAAAGGCUCAAUAGGAACACCAACUAAGAGCACACACCCAUCUGAAGGGGAAAGCCCUCAGAAGGAGACAUUUUCCAGUUGUAGUUUACUCUCUGUAGGCUCCAGGACCUCUUUAGCUCGGAGGCUUGCUGUUCAAAAGCCAGACAGACCAGCUAGUCCAGGGAAUGUCCGGAUGGUGCGUUGCCCAGUAGAGGCUGCACAUGAUCCUCAUACACCACCUACUCCUCAGGAACCUGGCCUCCAGCGGGAGGGAAGUUAUGGCCUCUCAGUCCAACUUAAUCCAAAGUCUGUCUCUCAUCCUGGGGCCUGGCUGGAAGCUAAAGAAGGAGACUCAUCACUAGUGGGCUCUGGCACCUUGCAGGAGAUCAGACGUUUGCUGGGUCAUGCGGUGGGCCUGGUAUCUGGCUGUUCUUCACAAGCCUCCUCCCCUGGAUCACACUGCUACUCGGAGAGUGAUACCUCAUUCCUGUCUCUCAGAAGAAACACACAGGCAUACCUAGAUGACUCUUCUCUGUCAGUUGGUGGAAAGAUCUCCAUGACCCUGGCUCGAUCUUUAUCUGACUCUGCCCUGAAGGAGAGCUGUUCGUCUUCAUGUGGACCUCUGCAGCUCUACACUCAGACUGAUCACUUAUCCACAGAAGCAACAAAUCAUUCACAGAGCAAGGAGGAGAAUCUCAAAUCAUGUGAUCUUCGUGUGGCACCAAGGAGGACAGAGCCUGAGGGCUGCAGUGCAGCAGACCCAGACAAAGUGGGUCCAAUAAGCCUGUCAGUCGUGCAGGGCAAUGUUUCGUCAGCAUCAGAUGACCCCCAGCAAAGCCAGGAGAGUGCAGUAAACACUGGAGUUAACUCACCUGAGAAUAGCCCUACCCACACUCCAGCAGAAGCGGAGUUGAGUUCUUUGAGUGACGAUAGUAGUGAGAGUUCACUUGCUGCCAGGGUUGCUAAGCUCCUCCAGAGUGAGUCGCCAGUCUCCGUGGUUACCAGCCGGCCAAGUACUACUGACCCGGAAGAGAGCCGAGCUAGAGAGUGGAUCAUGAUGAAGGCAUCUGGCCGCCAGUGUGAAUCCUUAGAACUCAACAUAGAGGACAGAAAGAGAAUUGAAGAGAUCAAAAAAGAGCUGCUGCUUCACACCAAACACUCCAAGUGGAGCUCAGAUUCUGAAGGCAGUGCUCAGUCCAGCGUUGGUGCAGUCCCCGACCUUACAGUGGGCUUUACAGCAGUGCGCAAUGCGGAAGACCGUCUCUCCGAGCAGCUGCAGAGAGCUGCCCAGAAUCCACUGGACUCCACCGCUCCACUGCACACACCCCUUCAUCACAACCUGGAGUCCAAAGUGCAUCAGAUUGCCCUCCGGGAGGGGCUAAACCCCCAUGCCCCACUGACCUCCAUUACCAUAGCAACCACUCGCCGCACACCCUCCCCACAGCCGGGAACUCAUCACCUGCCCACACAGGAUGACCAUAUGUACACUGCAUCUCAGCAGGAGCGUAGCUGCAGCCCCACGAACACAUCACUAAAAUCAAUUGAUGAGGGGAGGAGACAGAAUCUCAUGUGUGAUGGAGAAACAGAAAUAGAAAAGAAGGGGACAAUGAGAGAAGACAAAGAAGGAAAGGGUGAAGAUGAGCAAAAUAGUGAACAAGCUGAUCAGUCAGAUAUGCCUUAUAAAAGCAUCACAAGCAAGAAUGAUAUCCCUUCAAGUUUGGACUUAAGUUCAGUCUCCCCUCAUAGAUCUCUCACAUCCCACAUCCACCUUACUAUUUCACCUAAACCACAGCAGAGCAUGACUCAAAGACUCCACUCCCCCACCAGUGAUGCCUGUAGCCCCUCAGAGCUGCAGACCGGUUUACACAAACCUCUCUCUGACAGUCAAAGAACCUUAAGAGCCCCAUCAUCAGUCUCAAGCUCCAGUGAAGAACAAUAUGCCUCAGCGAUCAGCCAGACCAGUACAAGUAAAGACAGACCUGCAGGCCAAGGCCAGUAUACUGAAAUAGUCAGUGGUGUCUCUCAGAUCAGCUGUAGAUAUGCACAAACUUUUACUCCACCCCAAAGACUGGCUGUGUCACCUAAACCUCUCUCUGUUCGCACACCUGAUUUUUCAACACUGUUGCCAUAUAAACCUCAUGGCAGCUCAGAGCUCUUCUACAUGCCACAUACUGACCCCAAGCUCUCUCCCGUUUGCUCCGAUACCACCAUGGAGAGCUCCCAUCCAGGGUCUGAUGACGCUGUGCCACCUCGUUUUACCACCGAGAUUCUGGGCUCCAGAGAGCUUGAGGACAACACCAUUACACCAAAACAUAAGGAGGGUAUUUACAGUAAAAGGGCCAAAAUGUAUAGAGAAUCAUCUGUCUUUGGAAGAGGUCUUCUUGAAACUAAGGUUGCUGCCGGUACUCAAAGGGACAAUGUUAGUUCUCACUAUCAGCUUCCAGUUUUCAGCACUAACAAGGAUCAGGAAGCCAUACAUAAUGCUGAGCAGGCUGAAGAGGAGGAGGAGGAAGAAUUUGUCCCCCUGCAGAUGGAGGCCGACUACAGCACAGAUGACCUGCAUAAUCAAAGCCAUACUGUACAAAGACAUGGCUUUGUACCAGAAGCACUUCCUUUAUCAGUUAAGCCCAUCAGGGAGGAGGUACGACGCAUGAAGACUCAAGAGCUUGGCCUAGAGAUUAGUAGCUCUCUUGACCAACUGUGGCAUCGUUUCAGUGAGAGAUGGAGCCUGCAGGAGACUCGGCCCAAUAAUGAGGGAGAAACAUCAUUGCUGGAGAGAUUAGAGCGUCUGUCCCGUCUCCUGCACAGCUCCACUCCUCCACACACAGCUAGCAACCGAGAGGAAAGGGGCAAGAGCAGGAGCAGAGAACUUGAGCUGACAAGGGCCCAGGGGAAAGGGGUAAGCAGAAAAGGAGGGAACAAAGACAGCAGUGAGGUUAGAGUUACUCCAAAAACUGCAUGGGAGGAAAACUCUUCAAGGACUGAUCAGACAUUAGAGGAGGAAGAGCAAGAGAAUGCUUAUCGCUGCCCAGCGGAGAGAGACGAAUCUGCCAGUGUCUCUGUGGAGACAAGCAGUAACCGAUCCACCAUCGAUACACAGCGCUUGGUUCGAGCUUUUGGACCACAUAGGGUUAAUGGUGGGUCAGCAGAGAUCACUGGUGGUCAGAUUCCAAACACCAGCAGUAGCAUGCUCAAAUUUUACAACACCAUCAACAAGCAGAAAGGAGGACAUGGUAAUGCUGCCACAGAUGUAAUCAGUACAGAUGAAUCCACGGCAUCUGCUGACUCGUCAUCGUCAAGCACUUACACACUCCCCUCUCAAAGAGGCACCACACGCUCACUUAGUAACAAGAAGCCAAAAGUCAAGCUGGUCAGCAGAAGCAUACAAGCAGGUGAUCUGGAGAUUGUAGUAAACGGCACCCGCAGACACACACGGGAUGUCGGCACUAUCUUCCCUUCCCCAGGCAAUGCCAGAGACAACAGGGCUCCUUCCUCGGGCAACCCAGAACUACAGGCCACUAUUCCUACAUCUAGAUCUUAUAGUGCUGCCUCUACUCAGUCCCAAAAAGUGUUGAAGAGAGAGGCCCUUCACAAGAGCAACCAGAUACACUACCCAAACGGUGUAUCAUGGUUUGUGUCUGCUGAUGAGCUGAAGCCGGAUGCCAGAAAGGAAAAUAAGCCCCAAAAUGAAUCACUGCAGCCUGCCAGCCAUGCCUGGUUCGAGCCUUACACUAGGACUCAGCCCUGGAGAGAGCCACUGAGGGAACCACUCAGAGAACGGCAUAUUCAGCUGGAGCAAGAGAAGCCCCUUGAUCCAAAAACCCCUGCAGAGACCAUCGGCAACAAACCCUCUGCCCUUGUUCGUCUCUCUCUGCAGGAGGCUCUGGAGUUGCGACGACCGGAGUUUGUGUCCCGUUCUCGAGAGCGGAUGAAGAGGCUGUGCUUGCUGGCAGAGGAGAGGAAGGUGCAGGCCGUCUUCACCAGAGAGAGAGAGGAGCUCUUCAACCGCCCGUUACCACUACAGCAGCCGAUAGCAGUUCCACCUCCUUUGCCUUCUAAGCGAGUCAUUCCAAUGAAAGAGAUGGUUCAGAGAUCCAAGCGUGGGGUGGAAGAGACAGCACACACUCAGAGAAUAGACAAAACUGACAGAGUUAGGAGGAUUUAUGCUCAACUUCCGGAGGUUCAAAAGAGGAAAUGGGAAGAGAAGAGGAAGGCAGAGUACCGCACAUAUCGCCUCAAUGCUCAGCUCUUUAACAAGAAAGUCACCAAUCGUGUGUUGGGCAGAAGAGCACCUUGGCAGUAAUCUGAACAGAUACCAACUCAAAGUUUAACUGCACAGCUCUUUGUUUAUCUAGACAAGUUUUAUUGUUCUUAGUGUGUGUGUGUUUGUCUGUGUGUGAUGGUGUGUUUGUGAUGAUGUCUAUGUGAUGUGAUGGACAGUAUAUCUCUUGGGAGAUCUGUUACUUGUAGGAACCAAACUAAAAAUCACAUGAUUUUACUUUUAAUAUUUUACUAAUAGUUUUUAUAUUUAAAAAAUAAAUGACCCAUGGCAGCUGUUAAA